AUGCCAUUUUUGAUCGAUUUUGCAUAAAAAAAGUAUGAGUAUUACUACAUUCUAAAAGAAUAAAAUGUUUCUUUAUAAAAUUUCUUAGACUUAACUCUUUCUGUGUCGUAAAAAGCCCUAAAAAUCUAAAAGGUUUACACUUAAUUAUUUAUUAAAAAUUUAGAUUACCCUUUAUUCAGAAAAUCUUAUCAAGUAUCUAAGUUAAGGUAAGUUUACAAAGUUAUAGUAUUGAAUGAUUUAUUUGCUUCUAUCUAAGAUGAAAUUAAUUUGAAUGAAAUAUUAAGGAAUGAUUAAAAUAAAUAUUUAGAUUAAGUCAGCAAUUAAGCAGUUUUAAGAGGAGAUGUAAUCUCAAUGAAAGUGAGUUUUGCUAAAAACUAAGGAGAAAUAAUUAGCAAUAAUUUGUCUAAAAUAGCAAAUUAUUUUGGGUACACUGAUAAGGAGGUCUGUAAAAUUAAAAAUAUCAAAUCUCUCAUGCCAAGCUAUAUAGGUGAUAUCCAUGAUUUUUUUAUACAAAGUUCAAUAUAAAAAGGAUUUUCUUAUCUCCUUGGAUAAAAGAUGCAAGUAUUUGCAGAAGACUCUUAAUGUUUUUUAAUUCCUAUAAACCUCUUCUUUACUUUUUCUUUUGAAAAUUAAAAUGAUUGUUGUAUUUAUAGUACUUUGCUUAAAAGUGAUACAAAUAAUUCUUAUAUUUUAUUUGAUUAACUUGGAAAAAUUUUAGGAACCUCAUAUAAAGCAUUUUCUUAGCUUUUUAAAAGUAAAAUUGAUAAAGCGGAAAACGAUAAGAUAUCUAAUUUAUAAAGAGACAAAUAAAAAUAAUAAAACUUUUCUCAAAAAAAGUAGAUUGAAGAAUAUUUCAAUGAUAUAUCACCAUCCUAAGUUUAUAAUAAUUUUUCUAUAUUUUUGAUAAUACCAUAGAUCUUAAGAGUUAUUAGAAAGCACUAUGAAGAAAAUGAAUAAUCAAGUUAAAUAACUCAAAGUAAUAAUCUUAAUUAAAAUAAAAUAUGUACAAAUUUGUGUCAAAAUAAAAUUUAUAAGAUUAAGAUACCAUAUAAUUUUCAAGAUCUUAACACUAAACUCAAUCAAUUUUUAAGCUAAUAUACUAGCUCAGAAGAUAGAAAUUUAUUUUAAUCUGGAAGUGACUUUGUUUCUUACUAUAGAUAGAUUUAGUAGUUCUAGAAAAGAAACUCUAAUUUUUAUGAAAAUAGUAACAAUUUGUUUAGGGAAUUAGAUAUUUCUUAUAACUUAUAACUUAUUUCUUACUUCUAUGAAUAAAAUCAUGUUAAAAAAACCAGGUCCUUCUAUUGUUUAGAAAUAAUGGAUGCCUUUUAAAAUAAAAAUGAAGCAAAAUUAAUUAAUCCUUUUUUAAGAAUGAAUCAUCUUUAAGAAGCAGAAGAGAAUUUUAAUAAAAUAGAGAACACUAUUGAAUCCAGUCAUUAUUCUUAAAAAUUUUAAACAAAUAUGACACUAGAUUAAAAAGAAAAUAGUGAAAUUAAAGAUAAUUUAUUUUUAGAUUAAUAAAAGUAAAUAGAUUUUACAUCUCUAACUAAUACACAUAAUUUAAUUAAAGAGGAUAGCACUCUUUCAUCAAAAUAAUAAAAAAAUUAAAUAUAAUAAAAAAAAGAUAUUGAGUUUGUUGAUAUAUUAUAUCCUUAAAACUUGAAUUAAAUUGAUUUAAUUUAAAAAUUUAAUAAUUAUGAUAAUAGCGUUUAAAAUUUAAAUGUCUAAAUACGUGAUCCUCCUUCUUUGUUAGCUUCUCCUUAUUUUUAAGGACAAAUAGAUAACUAAAUUUAAUCCGUUCCAUUAUAAUAGUCUUCUUCAAGCUCUUAAAUUUCAGAAAAAGAAAAUGUCGCUAGCAGCUUUUCCUAGAACUACUGUUUCUAUAAAUAAUAUACUUUUGAUGAACAAAAAAACAAUUAACCAGAAAACACGAUUUUUAAUAUGAUUCAAAAAGAUACUAAAAAUAAAGUUAAAUCAGAUCUAGAAAAGUUAAAAAUGAAUAGUUUCACUAUUUUAUAAAAGGAAUCUACUGACAAUAAAGCAUAGUAGUUUAAUUAAACAGUUUCAACAUCGAGAGUAUUAAUAGAGUAAAAAAUAAGUGAUAGUUCUCCUCAAAAUACUAAAACCAAUAAAUAAAGCUAUGAAAUUUUAUUCAAUUAAUAAAGUGAACAUAAAUUAGAAAAUAAAACUUAAGAUGUAAAUGAAUAAAAUAUUAAUAAAUAUUUUAAGAGUGAAAAUCAAGUAUUUUAGCUUAUUCAAAAUUUUGUUCGUCAUAAUAGCGUUUAUAUCCCUGAUUAUAAUUUAUAGUAUAGUAAUUAAUACUAAGUUUAAAAUAGCAACUGA